GCGGUAAAGACGACAGGCCAACAGAAUCGAGAAGAGAUCGUUUUGAACGUUUCCCCCGAUCUGCAGCGCGUCGUUCAGAGAGGUGGCAGAGGGAGACAUCUUGGCCGAGGCAUCGAAAACUACCCUCAACUUGGUCGUUGAGCUCGAGGGGCGGAGAAUGGCAUGGUGGGGCAAGUAGUAGCGGCCAAGUUUCGGUCCGGGUCUCGGUUGAGUCGCUUCUCCAGCGACAAGAAACGCCGCAGGGCGAGGCUGCGGUUGUCGUCGAGUCUGGCGACGACGGGGCGGAACGGCAAGCGAACCUCGUACCGACCGGUAGGGUCCCGCUUGUGGGUUGAACGGAAAAAGGUCUCGCAAUCUUCCUGUUCGGUGGUGACAGGCGUAACAGAUUCGAUCUCUUCGACCUGCCAGAAGCGUUGAAUCGCCUCGCUGAUGUCCUCCAGCGUUGCGGUGUGGCUAUACUGUGGACCAGGGACGGUGUCCCCGACCUCUCCUGCGACGACCCAGCCCAGGAGCCGGAAGAACAUGGCCACUCCGAGCAGCAAGUCGAUGCGGUCCGGAGUCUGGAAGUCGGGAUCGGCCAGCUGGAUACACUCCGGAAUCGGCCAGUCAGCGAUGUUUACCGGCGACGACGGAAUCAGUCCAGUCACCUUGGGCACGAUCAAGCACUCAACGUUCACCGCGAAGCUGUUGUACCGGGACUGGAGCUCGACUGUGACCGCUUCCCUGGCGUACGUCUUCACGGCGCCGAUGCCGCAAAUUGGGACGGUUGUAGCCACUCUCUGUAUGUUGAUGCGUUUUGCCAUGGACUCCGAAAUAAAGUUGACCUGCGAACCGUUGUCCAGCAGGACUCGGCACGGCACAGGUCGGUUCUGGGUGUCGCUCAGGUGGACCACCGCCGUCAGGAGCAUGACGGUUUUCGUCGUCUGGGUGUGGUUGCACGUCGCCUCGGUCGUCGGCGGCGCCUGUUGGCCAGCGGGUUGGACCACUGGCGUCGGGUUCUUUGGUGGGGCAGCACUCUGCUGCGGUGUGGACUUCGGCACGGGUUCAGCCUUCGCUUCUUCGUGCAGCAGGGAGUGGUGGCGUUGUUGGCACUUGCCACACGAGUUCUUCGACGAGCACCUCUUCCAGCUGUGGCCACUGCGCAAACAGUUGAAGCACAGGUUCUUGCUCCGGACCUUCUCUCUGCGCUGGGCCACCGUUAGGCCAGUAAGGUUGGCGCAUCGGAAGGUGAGGUGGCCUUCUCCGCAGACUCCACACUGGAACUCCGGUUGUGCCGGAGUGGUCGCCGCGUUGGCCCUCUGGAACGGCUGCUUGCCAGUCGAUGGUUUGGAACUUGUUCGUGGCUGCUGCUUCUUGAUGGAGUCGGAACUGGUCUCGCACCGUUCAAGAACCGAGAUACGAUCUUUGAGCGUUUUGAUCAUGUCCUCGUACUUGGGCAGUUCACCUCUCGCGACUGUAGACUCCCAGAUCUUCUUGGUGGUGUCGUCUAGGGCGUGGCCCAGGAGAUAGACGACAAUCUGCUCCGACACGCCGGUGAACGCUUGGCCGAGGUACUUCAGGUUCUCGACGUUCCCAACGACGGAAUCCACCAAAGCCCGAAGUUCCAGGUGGCCCUCGCAGGCCAGCUUCUGCACACUCAGUAGACCUCCGAUGUGAAG